GCAUUUUCCCCGUUACAGAGCUCGCUCCGCUGUCAGCGAGUCUACGCAUGAGAUACGUACAAGUGAGCUUCGCAAGAUCCUCCAUUAGAACCGUUUCUUAGGAAUCGUAUCGCUGCCAUCGCUUUUACUAGCCGCCACCAGGAGCUACGCGAAGGUUCGAGACCGCUAGCUACGGCAGCAUUGCACGCUGCGUCGACCGCACGCCGGAGCCAGUGCCGAAGCAAACCCGUCAGUUCUCAGCAUACCCUCGAGGAUCUCCCCCCACCAACAGGCCCCCAAAAUGCGGCCGAACAAGGCGCUCGGCGCGCUUGUGAACGUUGCGCUAUUACUCAUUGGCCUGGGCCUGAUCGGAGUCGCCCUGUGGCUGCUGCUGGCCGCCACCUACGGCGCGUGCCUGCUGCCCUACCAGGUGCCGCUCAUCGCCGUGGGCGGCGCGCUGCUCGUCGCCGCGCUCGUCGGAUUCUGUGGCUUGGCGUGCGAGUCGAACGCGCUCUCGUGCCUCUACCUCGUCGUCGCGCUCGUCGCCGUGCUCGCGUCGACGGCCUUUACCAUCUUCGCGUUCCUUGUAACGGGAGGAACACCGCUGCCUACAACGAGUCGCGGGCAGACGGUGUAUGCGACGUGGGGCUUCUCGCCGUGGAUGCAGGCGCAGGUGGGCAACGCCUCGUGGGCCGCCCUCCAGACAUGCCUCGCCCAACGCCGCACGUGCGGCGACCUGCGCUCCUACGCCCCCGCCGUGCUCAACGGGCUGCUGCUGCCGCCUAUCGAGGCCGGCUGCCUGGAUGACGACGAACCGGGGUUGGAGAAAUCUACCGCUGCUGCUGCGGCUGCCGCCGCUGCGAGUAAGUUGCAGAAGAGUGGCACGAUGAGCCGAGUGAAUACUUUCACCGUAGCCCCUGGACAGUUUGAGCGGUCUCUGUCAGCUAAGGUGCCUGGCCAAGGGGUUGGGGUGGGGGCACUUGGAGGCGUGGCAGCAGGCGCGGCGAUAGGGCAGUAUGAGCGGUCGCUAACAUACGUGGACAAGUCUCCAGGGCCCCUGGAUAGGUCCCUCACUCAAGUUGAGAAAGCGGUGCCAAAUCGGCCAAGUUAUGCUGCACGUGAGACAAGAAGCCGGGAGGACACGCGUAGCCGCAGCAGCUAUGCCGACGACUCUCGGAGCACCCACAGCUACACCGAGGAUUUGAGAAGUUGCCGAAGCUCCAAGAGUUCCCGAAGCUCGAGAGGCUCGGAAAGAGGCAAGGAGGUCUUUGUGGUGGAGCUACAGCAGCAAGAGCGGAUCAGGCCAAAAGAGAGGAAGACGGUCGAGCCAAGAGAAGCCCAGUUCGGAAGUGCGAGGCAGGCAAGAGACAAGACAUUCCAGGAGAAAAACUUGGGCAACCAAUGGGAAAGAGUUGGAGGGUUCUCGCCUACGGCAAGAGGGGAGCCAGUCUGAGAGGGCUGCUUCAAGGAGAGACAAAAGGCCACUUGCACCCCCCAAGGUGUAUGACUUGGAGAGUACCUAUGGCGAUGAUAGCGGGUACGAUGAUGACAGCCGGUAUGGUGAUGGACGCCCAAGGCAACAGUUUGAUGUCGAAUCUGACAUAUAUGGAGAGGAAUACGACGAUGAUUCGUAUGACGGGAGAGUUUGAAGCUGAUCAUAGCAUGUAUUCUGAUCAUAG